AUGAAUCAUUACAUUUUUGUGAUGGCAAGGCUCCUGAGGAAUGUUUUUUUAAUGAAUGCAGCCAUGUGCUGUUGCUCUGCGAUCAUGCAACAACCUUUUGAAGUGGAACCUGAGCGACUGCAUAAACGCAGUCUUUCAAUAGGUCAAUUGAACUUCUUGCACACAACAGAUGUCCAUGGAUGGCUGGGAUCCCAUUUACUACAGCCUGAUUAUGAUGCAGAUUGGGGAGAUUUCGUGACAUUUUUCUCGAGUUUUAGGGAAUCCCGUCUAGACGAUACACAGGAUCUCAUUUUGAUUGACUCCGGUGACAAACACGAUGGAAAUGGGUUAUCUGAUGCUACACAACCUAAUGGCAUUGAUACAACGAAGAUUUUCAAUGAGCAGGACUACGACUUAUUGACAUUGGGCAAUCACGAAUUGUAUGUGCCAGAGAGCACCAUUAUGGAAUACUAUGCAACUGCCUUGUCAACCAAAUUCAAGGACAAGUAUGUCUCUAGUAACGUUGAGUUUAUAAAGGAAGAUGGCGAGCUGGUCCCUUUUGGUAACAAAUAUAUUUACUUUGAAACACCAAAUGCAAAGCUAAGAAUUCUGACACUUGCAUUUAUCUUUGACUUUAGAAGAUUUAAUGAUAGGGCCAAAGUCUUACCGUUUGAAGAAGAAUUGAAGAGGACUUGGUUCAGAGAGAUGCUUGAGUUAUAUCCCGAGAGCACAGUAGACGUGCUUCUUGUGAUUGGACAUAUGCCGGUGACAGAUGCCGAAAAUAAUGAAAUGGCUCGUCUUCACGCCAUCCUAAGAAAGUUAUAUCCGAAUAUUAUAAUUCAAUUUUUUGGAGGGCACUCACAUGUUAGAGACUUUGUUAUGUUUGAUGGGAAAUCCAGCGGUCUUCAAAGCGGAAGGUUCGCCGAAACUUUAGGUUUUUUAUCUAUUGAUAAUGUAACAAUCGAAUCACCAAAGUUUGCUAGAAGGUAUAUUGAUUUUAAUAAAGAGUCGUUUAAGUAUCACAGUGAAGGACACGGGAAAAACGCUAUAGAUUUUAGCAAGGGUAAACAAAUCUCUAAGGAUCUUAAAUAUUUAAGGGAAGAGCUUCAACUUGAUAAUGAGAUGGGGUAUGUUCCCAAGACUUACUACAUGUCAGCAAGACCUUUAAAAUCUGAUGAGAAUAUCUAUCAUUUGAUAACAAAAGAGGUGCUUCCCAGAUUGAGUUCAGACAUGACCAACAGCUCCAUUGGAAGAUACAUUAUGAUCAACACAGGUGCGGUGAGGUACGACUUACACAAGGGCCCGUUUACUACAGAUACCGAGUAUAUUGUCUUACCGUUUCCCAACGAAUGGCUUUACAUGGAGUUACCCUUAAAAGUAGCAUCUAAGAUCGAACAGUAUUUAAAUAAAGGCCCAAUGAUAGCAUCUCUAGCACCUCCGCAAGGUAUUGGUUUAUAUUCUGUUGACACCUCCAAAAGUUGCCCUUUUAUUCGUCAGCCGUAUUUUACUGAAGGCUAUACAACUUCAGAUGAUUGUGGUUGCAAAGGUGAUGAUACCAUACAUAAUUCUCAGGCUGAAUACCAAAUGCUAAAUGUUGUUCAAAGCGAGCAGUUGGUAUCAUUGGAUGAAAACGAGAUGGUGCACUUUAUUUUCUACAGCUUUUUACAACCUCACAUAUUGGAGGCAGUAAAUGCAAUUGAUUUUAGCCGCUCUUAUGAUGCUUCCGAUUGUACAAUGUAUGGUGGAAAUUCUACAAAGCACUUAUUGAGAGAUUAUGUCAAAGACAUUACCAAAUGA